ACCCCCCCAACCUCAGGGAGACCCCUCCCCAAAAGCGACCCCCCCGCCCGUGGGGACCCCAAAACCUCCUGACCCCUCCCCACAAAAAGGACCCCCCCCCCCCUUCAGGGCACCCCACGGGGGGUCCCCCCCUCAAAGCCCCUCCCCCAGCCGCAGCCCCCCCCAAGGGGGUCCCUGCACCCCCAGCCCCCCCCAGACCGCCCCCCCCAGCCUCGGGGGUCCCCCCACGGACGCCGCCCCCCCCUCGUGCAGCCCCCCCGGCCACGGAGCCCCCCCGGCACCCCCCCAGCAGCCGGCGCGUCCGGAGCCCCCGGGGCGGGCGGCGGGGCCGGGGCCGGUGUCGGCGUCUGUGUCGGUGUCGGAGCCGCUUCUGGUGUCGGGGCCGGUGCCGGUGCUGGAGCCGCCGCCGGAGCCGCUGCCGGUGCCGCUGCCCGUGGCCGCGUCCGUGUCGGUGGCGGAGCCGGAUCCGGUUUCGGUGCCGGUGUCCGUUUCGGGGCCGGUUUCGGUGUCGGGUCCGGAUCCGGUUUUGGUGCCGGUGUCCGUUUCGGUGCCGGGUGUCGGGGCCGGAUCCGGUUUCGGUGCCGGUGUCCGUUUCGGGGCCGGAUCCGGUGUCGGUGUCGGUGCCGGUGCCGGUGUCGGGGCCGGAUCCGGUUUCGGUGCCGGUGUCCGUUUCGGGGCCGGAUCCGGUGUCGGUGCCGGUGUCGGGGCCGGAUCCGGUGUCGGAGCUGAGCGCGGCGCUGGCUGCGGAGCGCUGCGGGCGGGCGGCGCUGGAGCGGGAGCUCGGGCUGCUGCGGGCGGCGGGACAGGGGCUGGCCCGGAGGCCGAGAGCCGUAACCUGGAACUGGAAGCGAAGCUGCGGCGGCUCCAGAGCGCCCCCCCGGGGCCCGGCCCCCCCCCCGAGCCAAGGAGCUGCGGGGCAGCCCCCCCCCCACCGCGCCCCCCCCCUCGGACCCCCCGGCGGACCCCGGCAGCGGGGGCCCCCCCCCGGCUUUUCCGCUCCCCCCUGGGGCUCCCCCUGUCCCGGCACCUCCUGCUCUGGGGCCCGGGUGCCCGGUGCCCCCAAGGACUGUUUGCUGCUCUGUGCCACCGGCCUGCGCCCCCCUGCCCCCCCCGGGACCCCCCCCUGA